AAUGCAGAGCUUUCAGACCUCAAAUAAUGCAAAGAAAGCAAGUUAAUAUUCAUAAAGUUGUAAGAGUUCAGAAAUCAAUAUUUGUUGGAAUAAUCCUGGUUUUUAAUCACAUUUUUAUGCAUCUUGGCAUGUUCUCCUUCACCAGUCUUACACACUGCUUUUGAAUAACUUUAUGGUGCAAAAAUAACAAGCAGUUCAGCUUUGUUUGAUGGCUCGUGAUCAACCAUCUACCCCUUAAUUAUAUUCCAGAAGUUUGUAAAAAAUUAAAGAAACUCAUCAUUUUUAAUUGGUCUCUUAUUUUUUACAGAGCUGUAUAUACUAUUUUUAAUAAAUAUUUAUAUGAUUGUUAUAUUUUAAUCAAACUAAAAGUAUUUAUUAGAUUAAAUAAUAUAUGUGUUUGGUUCUCCAUUGCAUUCGCUGUUCACUGCUCUUUUUGGCACAGUAUUAUUCCUCCUCUCACCUCCCACUGUGUCAUUGACUCUGUGCUCCCGGCAGCUGAAGGGUUAAGGCGGGCUGCUGGUGCUGGAGCGGGGCAGGUAGCCCAGCUGCUUUUUAAGCCGCAGUCAGUCAUGAACUCCACAGCAAUCCAUUAAUGUCAUGAGCGCGUGAGAGCGAGCCCUGUGGUCAGGAACCGGUAGCCCGGUUAAAGGACUCGGGUAUAAAUACAGCACCUUAUCUUACUCCUGCAGCAGCAACUUCACUCACGCGCACCGGACUGACUGCAGCUUCAUCACUGAGCUCACUGCGCAGAGACCGAGACCAGGUGGCACAGCGUUACGCGCGCCCUGUCCCUCCGCGCGCUCUCCAAACCGCACAGAGCAGCUCGCGCUUCAGUACAGCAGUUUAGGAACUCCCGCCAUAAGAUGCUCUCGCCUCGCUGGAUGUGGCUCCUCGCCGGGCAGCUGCUGAUUCUCUGCGCGCACAGCUGCGUAAAAGGCAUGUCUCUGCAUGGCGCGGCGCGCGCUCACUCAGGGCUCUGCCCCAACGAGGUCAACCCCAACCUCUGGGUGGACGCUAUGAGCACCUGCACGCGGGAGUGCCAGACUGACCAGGAAUGUGAAGCCUCAGAAAAGUGCUGCUCAAACGUCUGCGGGAGCCAAAGCUGUGUGGCCGCCCGCUACAUAGAUGCAACAGGGAAAAAGGGUCCUAUGGCCAUGGAGGCAACCUGCGACAAGUAUGUGUGCACUCAGCAGGGCUCCGAGUGCCACAUGUGGAACGGGCAGCCAGUGUGCAAGUGCCGGGAUCGCUGCGAGAAAGAGCCCCACUUCACCUGUGCCUCUGAUGGUAUGACGUACUACAACAAGUGCUACAUGGAUGCAGAAGCUUGCACAAAGGGUAUUUCAUUGUCUGUAGUGACCUGCAGGUCCCAUUCUACAAACACCAGCCCUUUGCCUCCAGGGACCACAGCCUUACCGACAACCACCUUGCUGCACACCACCCCCUUGGACGUGCAAGCCCCUGUCAUAGCGGGAAGCCAGAUGCAACAGUCUGUUUUUGUGGAUGAGACAGCCAGCUUCCUGUGUGAAGUGUCUGGCUGGCCGAAGCCUGAGAUAACCUGGCAGAAGCAACUGGAGAAAAAAGAGAAUGUCAUUCUAAAGCCCAAUCAUGUGUUGGGGAAUGUAGUGGUAACUAAUAUUGGACAGCUGGUGGUUUACAAUGCCCAGCUGGAAGAUGCAGGUGAUUACACUUGCACUGCCACAAACUCAGGUGGUUCAAUUCAAGCAAACUUCACCCUUUUUGUGGUCCAGAAAGAAGUUGAAGUUGAAAGAGAGAAGCUGAAGAACUCCACCCGCUUCCCUGCCGAGGAGUGCCUGAAGGUACCUGACAGUGGAGACUGCGGAGGUGCGAAGCUAAGUUGGUACUACGACAGCAAAAGGAACAGCUGCUUCCCCUUCACCUAUGGCAACUGUGAUGGGAACCGAAACCACUUUGAUACUUUUGAGUCGUGCUUGCUGUCCUGCCAGGGUGAGCUGGCUGUACCUUGCAGUCUUCCCAGCCUGCAGGGUCCCUGCAAGGCAUAUGAGCCACGCUGGUCCUACCGCAUUACCCUGGGCCAGUGCCAGCCCUUCAUAUAUGGUGGCUGUGAGGGGAACGAGAACAACUUUGAGACCAGGGAAACGUGCGAGGACUCAUGUCCGUUUCGCAAGAACCAUCGCUGCAAGCCAUGUAAGCCGCGGUUUAAGAUGGUGGCCAGCUUCUGCAAGAGUGACUUUGUGAUCCUGGGCCGUGUGACAGAGCUAACAGAGGAGGAAGAUUCGGGUCGGGCACAGAUCACUGUGGAAGAGAUCCUGAAAGAUGAGAAGAUGGGGCUGAAGUUCUUCCAGAAAGAACCCCUGGAGGUGACGCUGCAGAACAUGGACUGGAACUGCCCAUGUCCUAACAUCACCACUUCAGAUGGCCAAAUCAUAGUCAUGGGUGACGUGCACAAUGGCAUGGCUGUCCUGCAGCCAGACAGCUUUGUGAGCCCGUUCAGUGACCGGCGAGUUCGCAGAUUACGUGAGGUCAUUAACAAGAACACUUGUGACAUUCUGAAAGAGUUUGUCCAAUAGGGCACUGCCCUAUUGAGCUCACAACUGACUGUUAUUCCUUUAAUAAAUUCCUUUGGGAAGAUGUCCAAUGUCAUCUAUCAUUCUGAGGAGCUGACAUUCAUUUUUUCUUGUUCUCAGUUUGUUUUCAGUCUACCUGUAUUUCACCUGCUUCUCCAUUUCCUGCCUGUACCUUUACUAAAAGCUGUUGCUCCAAAGUUCUGUUUGUCCUUUGCUUCUUAUAUACAGUGCUCCUGUAAUAUCUCUGAAAUUCCAUUCCAGUUAAAUGUUUGCUUUGAUAAGGUAGAACAUCCAGCAUGAGACGCAGCUCUGUUUCUGCAGCUUGUUAGAUAAUGUCCACCGGUUGGACAACAUCAACUUAUGAAGUUUACACAAGAAACAUGUUAAAGUAUCUCUCAGGUUAAAGCGAAAGAACACAUUUGUGGACAUAGGAAGCAUUAAUCAAAUCCAUGUGGUAGGCCAAAUCCCCAACGCUCCCGCUCCCUCUGCUUCAAAAGGAACCCCAUGCCUGCCCUAUAAAUUCAAGUAGGUUCUUACUGGAAAUACAUUUUGUUCGUGCUUUCGCAAGCUCAGAGUCAUCUGAGGAAUCCAGUGAGUUACUUCUC